CAAUUAGAAAUUCAGUUAAGAUUUAACAUUAAAUCCAAACAGAUCUCAAAGUUUUCAAAAUUCAAUAGAGCUCCGAGCUGCGGCUGCUAAGGCGAAAGAGAAUUUGGAAAGAUGACCUUUAAAGUGUUGUUGGCCAUAUGUCUUGUCAGUGGCUUGGCCGCUGUUAAUGCUGAGGAUAGUGAGAUAACAAAGUUCAUGAAACAUUUGGAGGUGAUACCCGAUGUUCUGGAUGAGGGACCCAAGCAUUUUCUAAAGAUUACCUAUGACAAUGGCAUUUUGGCGGACAAGGGUGUUGAGCUGACCCCUACACAAGUGAAAAAUCAACCCAAAAUCGAAUGGCAAGCUGAGGCUGGCACCUAUUAUACCCUUAUCAUGACCGAUCCUGAUGCACCCUCUCGCAAGGAACCCACCAUGAGAGAAUGGCACCAUUGGCUGGUGGGCAAUAUACCCGGUGACCAAUUGAACAAGGGCGAAGUUCUUACCGAAUAUGUGGGCUCUGGUGCACCCAAGGAUACCGGCUUGCAUCGCUAUACCUUCCUGUUGUUCAAACAACCCAAGAAAUUGGAAUUCGAUGAGAAACGCCUAACCAAGAACCAAGGGGCUGGACGUGAGAAUUUCUCCACACGCAAAUUCUGUGAGAAAUACAAAUUGGGUGAACCUUUGGCGGGCAAUUUCUUCCAGGCUCAAUAUGAUGAUUCUGUGCCUGGUUUGUACAAGCAAUUGGGUUUCUAGGCAAAGGGUGAGGAUAAAACUCCCCCAUAACCUCUCCUCAAAAUAGACAUUUUUGCCUUGUUCCAUGCAGUGUGUGUGAAUUUUGUAAUCUCACAAAUAAGUCAAAGUUUGUGUUUCAAAAUCAAAAUCGAAAAAAAAAAUAUUACCAAAAUUUCAAACUAGUUUCGUGUGGUUGAGAAAGACUAUCCACAUCCAUCCAUCUAUCUCUCUAUCUAUCCAUCCACAGCGGCAAACCACCAUGCACAACCAACCGGUAGAUUUAAGCUAUAAACCUAAUAAAUCUUUUAAUUAGCAUUAGCCGAUCGAUGCUUUUGCCGCCGCGGCGAAAGCAACAAUACCAACAACAAAACAAAAAUAAAAUAAAAGUUAACAAAAAUUAAAAACUAAGCAUAAAUUUUAAA